AUGAUCCACGGCGCUUACGACGCUGUGUUGCAAUGUAAUGAUAAAAAAAAUAAUUCAAAUAUUUGCUACAAGAUGGCUUCAGGAAUAAUCUGCGCUUCAUUCGGAGAAGUUGAAAAAUUACUCGAUUUGAAAGUUGUAUUUAGGAAUUUGGGGUUACAAAAACAGGUACUGCUUUCUGCAUCCUACGUUCCAAAUUUUAUUGAUGAUAAUGAGGAAGAGGAAUUAAUGAGACAUGUUAGUUCAUGUCCAUUACCUAAGCAGACCCAAUUGAGUAAAAGGCGAUUACAAAAUUGGGAUGGAAUUCCACAUCAAAAAGGGAAGAUCACUGAAGAAAUACCAAAAAUAUUUAGAUUUAAAUAUUUGUUACUUCAACUUAAAUCUCACACACUUCUUGAGGUUACAGAACGCUUAGAUACUGAAGAAGAUCCAAGACAGCUGAAACCAGAGUUUUCAUUUUUGCUUCAACAAAGAAGUCUCUUAGUUCUUCAACAUACAUUAGAUCAUGACUAUUUACACUCAAUAUCUGGGUACAAUUGUGAUACAAUUGACUCAAAUUACAUACGCAAUUUAAAUUUAUGUUCAUAUAUAUGCGAAGAAAGUGAAAAACUUAAUCACAAAACAAGAAUUUCAUUGACCAUACGCCAUGUGCCAAAAAUAAGUAAACUAAAGCUUCAAUUCGAAUUUUCUACAUUUUUUAACAUAAAGUUGACAAUAUUUUCAAUUGAUGUCAUUUUGACAAAACCUAUUAAUUAA